ACUGGUGGGAAAGAAAUUAUUCGAUAUAGAGAGAAAGAGAGAUAGAGAGAAGGCGAAGGGAAUUUAAAUCCCACAACCCUUCGAUUCCCUCUUUCUCUUUUUAGCUCUAUUCUCGAUUGCUUUCCUCUGCAAAGCCUAGGGUUUUAAUCGAAUUCAGAGCUUCUUUAGGGUUUUCAGAGUGAACGCCUAUCUGUUGCUUUUCCCCCGUCAAUACCUAUUUUCGGAGGUAACGCCUAUCUGCAAGUCGAAGAUGAGCAGUCAAGUAGCUCCUCCUCCUAAGAGAACCAAUCUGAACUCCAGACGGGUUCCUUCAUCCUUGAAGAAAUCAGCCCCUGUUGAGAACGGUACCAGUAAUGGAAGCCACACGAAGCCCACCUCCCCUAGCCAAUCGUCUGUUGGUGGGGAGAGGACGGUGAAGAAGCUGAGAUUGUCGAAGGCGCUUACGAUUCCCGAAGGAACGACCGUUUCGGAUGCUUGUAGAAGGAUGGCGUCCCGCCGUGUCAAUGCUGCGUUGAUUACUGAUUCGAAUGCCUUGCUCUCCGGAAUUAUUACGGAUAAGGAUAUUGCGACUCGAGUUAUAGCAGAAGGAUUGAGGCCAGAACAAACAUUAGUUUCGAAAGUCAUGACAAGAAACCCGGUAUUUGUAACUUCGGAUACAAUAGCAAUUGAGGCUCUGCAGAAGAUGGUCCAAGGAAAAUUCAGGCAUCUCCCUGUUGUAGAAAAUGGUGAAGUUAUUGCCUUGUUGGAUAUUACGAAGUGUCUUUAUGAUGCUAUAUCUAGAAUGGAAAAGGCUGCAGAACAAGGUAGUGCAAUUGCAGCUGCCGUGGAAGGAGUUGAACGCCAGUGGGGAAGUGCUUUUUCUGCUCCAUAUGCUUUCUUAGAAACUCUUAGGGAGCGGAUGUUCAAGCCUUCAUUGUCAACCAUCGUCAAUGAAAAUACCAAGGUUGCAAUAGUGUCUCCAUCUGAUCCUGUUUGUGUUGCUGCAAAAAAGAUGCGAGAGUUGCAAGUUAAUUCUGUGAUUAUUACAACAGGGAGCAAACCUAAUGGGAUACUAACUUCAAAAGAUAUCCUCAUGCGAGUUGUAGCACAAAAUCUGUCCCCUGAGUUGACAUUAGUGGAAAAGGUUAUGACAGUGGCUCCUGAAUGUGCAACACUGGAGACAACAAUCCUUGAUGCAUUGCAUAUGAUGCAUGAUGGGAAGUUCUUAAAUCUUCCUGUUCUGGAUAAAGAAGGAUGUAUUGCUGCUUGUGUGGAUGUCCUACAGAUCACUCAUGCAGCAAUUUCAAUGGUUGAUGGGGGCUCUGGAGCUGUCAAUGACAUGGCUAGCACAAUGAUGCAGAAGUUCUGGGAUUCUGCACUUGCCCUUGAGCCACCCGAUGAUGAAUAUGAUACUCACAGUGAACUUUCUGCACUAAUGACAACAGAAGCCACAGAAAAGUAUCAUCCAUUAAUUGGUCUUGGAAAUAGUUUUUCCUUCAAAUUGGAAGAUAUUAAGGGUCGUAUCCAUAGAUUUACUUGUGGUACAGAGAAAUUGGAUGAGCUUUUUACUGCUGUAAUGCAAAGGAUAGGGACUACGAGUGACCAAGAACGUCCAGAAUUGUUGUAUGAAGAUGAUGAAGGUGAUAAGGUUCUCCUUACAACUGACAAUGAUCUCAUUGGAGCUGUGAACCAUGCCAGAUCAGCAGGAUUGAAGAUCCUAAGGUUGCACAUCAAUUACGAUUCAAGCAAGAAACUAGUGGGGGCGUCAUUUGAUACCACUACCAUCCAAAAGCCUGGAUUGUUAUCUCUGCAGUCGGGGCUUUUAGCAGGUGCAGCUGUACUGGCGGGCAUUGGUGUGUUAGCUUACCUGAAGCGCUCCAAUUUGUGAUGCUCAUGCUCUGUGAACAACUUUCUUCCCCUAAACAUUGAAAGAAAGAGAUCUCUGCAAUCUUAACAAAUACAUGGUUUCUCGGGGUUGAAGAUCUUAAACAAAAGGCCUUCCUGAAGACGAUCCUCUAAACUCUGAUAGACUAGAAAAUCUAUAAAAAGUAUACUGUCCUUUGGUGGUGGCGGCCAGGAGUGGUGGAAGUGGAACCACUCGUGCUCGAUAAAAACAUAUACAUGGAAAGAUGACACAAAAGGCAGCUGGGUGAGGGCUACAGUCUACAGGGGAUUCUUUUUGUCAUUGUUCAUAAUGUAAUCUGAUUGUGCAUACUAUACAUGCAACAAAGAAUCAUUGUGGACUAUUUAACUGUGGAUACAUUCUUUCAUUGACUAAACUGUUCACAGAAAA